UUCAUACAGUUUUCUAAAAAUAAGCGAUGUUUCGAAAUCAGUAUGACAAUGAUUUGGCUCUCUGGAGUCCUCAAGGCCGCCUGUUUCAAGUGGAGUACGCAAUGGAGGCCGUUAGCCUGGGAACUGCCGCUGUUGGGCUCAAGAAUGAAGAAUUGGCCGUUCUGGUGGCACUUUCGAAGCCCUCAUCAGAGCUGAGCGUAUCGCUGCCCAAAAUUUUCCCAAUAGAUAUUCAUAUGGGCAUAUCCAUUGCAGGGAUUACGUCAGAUGCUCAACUGAUUAGCAAAUAUCUACGCACCGAGUGCCUAACUUUUAGGCACACCUAUAAUUCGGCUUAUCCUGUGAGCAGAUUGGUGACCAAUUUAGGUAACAAGAUGCAGGUAAACACCCAGGGCCAUAAGUUUAGACCGUUUGGAGUGGGUUUACUUCUAGCUGGAUAUGAUGAGAUGGGCUGCCACAUUUACCAGAUAAUGCCAUCGGCCAAUGCCUUCAACUGCAAGGCAAUGGCCAUAGGAGCCCGUUCUCAAGGCGCUCGCACCUAUUUGGGACGCUAUCAAGUAUUAUUUCCAACUAGCUCCAAGGACGAAAUCAUUUGCCAUGGAAUUCAUGCCAUUAACUCUGCGCAUCCCGUUGAUGAAAAGCUUAAUAUAACUAUCGGAAUUGUUGGUAAAAAUCAACCAUUUAAAAUGCUUUCAGCUGAGGAAUGCUUGUCGUAUCAGGAAAUGUGUAAAAUUGGCGAUGUUCCCCAAGAUCGCAAUCCAAAUGAAUCCGAGAUCGAUGAGGCAUCUAAUAAUCAAAAUUCGAACAAUUAGUUAUGUUUUAGAAAUACUUUCAAAUCUCUUGUAAAAUGUAAAACCUAAUUGCAUCUUAAGGUUAAAUUGCACAA